AUGACCACGGUUGUGUCCCAAUCGAUGUUGGCAUUGACCUGUCCUCCUUCCGUGUCGAAUUGGAACGCCCAUGCAACUCCAUUCUUGCUACCUUUGGCUCCGGUUUCAGCCACCAACAAUAAUCCUCUUCUUUGCAACAUAUAUCCUUACUUCGCCUACCACGACAGUCCGGCUCACGUCUUGCUGGACUAUGCCCCGGUCAAUAAGGCAGAGGUGGUCGUGAUGGACGGGGCUUUUGGGUACACAAACUUGUUCGAUGUGUCAAUUGAUGGUUUCUAUUGGGCACUGGAGAAGGUCGGUGGAGUAAACAUGGCAGUAGUCACAAGCGAGACUAGGGCUGUUGGUCGGGUCGGAAGAGAUGGAUGCAUUGUUGAAUUAUUGGACCUAUAA